UCCUAGUUGUCCCGGUCGUCGCCGGAGAUCAGGAGGCCCCCAGAAGGCGAGUACCCCGGUGGUCCCGAGCGUCCGCCAGCAGCAGUCCGAGGCGGCCGGGACCGCGUGGCGUGCUCGGAGCGUGCCAGGGCGCGCGUAAGCCCAGGACCAGCGCGGACCCCGGGCAGCUGGCCCGGGGCGCGGAGGGAAGACGACCUCCCCAGGGCGAGCGCUUCUGGUUUUCCGGAGCCUCACUUCUGGGAAGGGACAGGGAGCUGUCAAUCAGCGAGGGAGGGAGCGCACCGGUGCGGGGUGAUGUCAGCGGAUCAGCUGCUCGACAACAAAGGGGGAACCGCAGGAGAAAGUUGCACGGCGGCGGCGGCACCCCGGAGGCUCGGGGGCGAAGGGAGGGGGACGGCGGCUGCGGCAGCAGCUGAAGGCCAAGGAAUGAAAGGGCUGUAGGGGGAGGCAGUGCGAGCCAGCCCCGACUGCUCCUCCUCUUCCUCCUCCUCCUCCAAACUCGCAGGGCUCAGCCCCAGCGCUCGCUCAGCCGCCGGAGCACCCGGAGGGACGGGAGGCUGCCGCGCGGCCCCGGGCUGGGAAGAGUCCCCAGCCGCCAUGGACAGCGACGACGAGAUGGUGGAGGAGGCAGUAGAAGGGCACCUGGAUGAUGAUGGAUUACCGCACGGGUUCUGCACCGUCACCUACUCCUCCACAGACAGAUUUGAGGGGAACUUUGUCCACGGAGAAAAGAACGGCCGAGGGAAGUUCUUCUUCUUUGAUGGCAGCACCCUGGAAGGGUAUUACGUGGACGACGCCCUGCAGGGCCAGGGAGUUUACACAUACGAGGACGGAGGCGUUCUGCAGGGCACCUACGUGGAUGGAGAGCUGAACGGUCCAGCCCAGGAGUACGACACAGACGGGAGGCUCAUCUUCAAGGGGCAAUACAAGGACAACAUUCGGCAUGGAGUAUGCUGGAUCUAUUACCCAGAUGGAGGCAGCCUUGUGGGAGAAGUAAACGAAGAUGGGGAAAUGACGGGCGAGAAGAUAGCCUACGUGUACCCUGAUGAGAGGACCGCACUCUACGGGAAGUUCAUUGACGGAGAGAUGAUAGAAGGAAAACUGGCCACGCUUGUGUCCACUGAAGAAGGCAGACCUCACUUCGAGCUCAUGCCUGGAAGCUCCGUGUACCACUUCGACAAGUCGACUUCUUCCUGCAUCUCCAGCAACGCUCUGCUUCCAGACCCUUAUGAAUCAGAGAGGGUUUAUGUUGCAGAAUCUCUCAUUUCCAGCGCCGGAGAAGGACUGUUUUCGAAAGUGGCAGUGGGCCCCAAUACCGCCAUGUCUUUUUAUAAUGGAGUCCGAAUUACACACCAAGAGGUUGACAGCAGGGACUGGGCCCUUAAUGGGAACACCCUCUCCCUCGAUGAAGAAACGGUCAUUGAUGUGCCUGAGCCCUAUAACCACGUAUCCAAGUACUGUGCCUCCUUGGGACACAAGGCGAAUCACUCUUUCACUCCAAACUGCGUCUAUGAUAUGUUUGUCCACCCCCGCUUUGGGCCCAUCAAAUGCAUCCGCACCCUGCGAGCGGUGGAGGCUGACGAGGAGCUCACGGUCGCCUACGGCUAUGACCACAGUCCCCCUGGCAAGAGUGGGCCUGAAGCCCCCGAGUGGUACCAGGUGGAGCUAAAAGCCUUCCAGGCCACCCAGCAAAAGUGAAAGGCCUGGUCCCGGGGGUCCAGAGACCUGGCACAAGAAACUUGGAUCUAUGCACUACGAUUCUCCGACAAUGGGACAGCCAGGGACUGCUCGUGCUGCACCAUCACAUCCUCUCGGGCUGCGUUAGCAGCGAUGCUCUCGCACACCAGGUCUGACUGCAUUACUCAUACCAGAUUUAAAAUUAGCUAGCCUUGCAGCAACAUCCUACUGAGAGGUUUCGUGGAGCACUCGACCUACGACGGCGUGACGUUCGGUGGUGGUUCGGGUCUAAAUCUGUCCCAAAUUCAGAGAUGCCAAAUGAUCAGACUGAAAACGGGAGAUGGGGCUUUUCGGUCAUGUGUCAUCAGUGGUUUUUUUUUUUUUUUCCCCUCCGGCCAAUGCAGAUUGCAUUCUCACACUUGCAUCUGCGCCGUGUGGGAAAUAGAGAAUGAUUACAUCUGUAUUCUCUAAAUGUAGUAUAAUUUGCCUUCUAACCUUUGAUCUGUAUCUUGCAAUAGACUGGCUUUGUUUUUUUCCUAGUACACAGAAGCCCUCUUUUUGGGUCAUUUCAAUUCUCAGUCCUGUUCCCUGUCUUAGCUAUCCUCCCGGAUGGAUGAUGAGAGAAACCUUCCAAACAGAUUUUGUGUCACUGGGAGUGCGUAGGUCUUUCUGGCUCUUUGUUUCAUUAUUACACCCUAAUAUAAAGUACUGGCUCAUAGAGCCGGGAGUUGUUAUUAUAGAAUUAUUAUUCUCGCAUGUAAACAAAGAUAUCUUUGCUUUAAGAUGUGGGAAGAAAUGAAUUUACUUUGUUUGCAUUAAGUUAUGGGAGAGUUGUAAUAUAUACUUUAAGAAAGAAGAGAGGACUAUUAGUAUUUCUAAGCAGUAACUGUGGCAAUUUUGCAAUAUCUUCAAUAGUGUUAGUCAUUUUUUUUCUCCUUGGGGACACAUUAAAUGUACAUAACAUAGCGCAGUCUGGCUUGUGGCACAGUGCAUUGAACUCAAAAGUCAAAUAGCAAACUUGAGUUCUAACACAGAAUUCAAACAACAAGUUUUAAAUCAAUACUGUUAAGGCAGACAUACUGAUCUCUAGGUACAAAUCAAACCUUACUCUUGCUCAUUGUAAUUUCAAAACUGACUUGCUUCAAAGCAUUAUAAACUGAGAGUUAGCACCUGUGUAGUUGACAGCAGCAGUAUCAAUAGCCUUUCAGCCAUCUUUGCAAGCCAUGUGUAAUCACAACUGCAGAAAUAAGGAGAAAACCCUUGUUUUUUAGUUUAGCACAUUAGAUUGAUAACAUAGCUGGGAUGGCUCUGAAUGAAUCCGGAACGCUUGGUUUUCAAUAAGCAGUGCACCACAUGCCACCGAUUUGGAGCUGCGUCUUCUUUAGAUGCUGCGAUGAGGUCUCAGGAAGGGCUUGCUCUGACCUGCAGCCGUCAGCAGUGGCCAUCUGUCGCCCCCAGUCGGUUUGGCCUUGAAAGCAGAAGCCUUCCAAGCUGUAGCCCACAGUGAGCUCCUGCUGAUGGGAGAAGUAUGGCUGGGAGCAGUGGAGGAAUCAGGAGACAGGGAAAAGAGAGUUUGCUAGCUCUUGUCGGUAAGACAGUGCUCUUAGGAAGCCUUUAAUAGAAGAGCGUGAUCCAGGGCAGCCGGCAACUUGGAGUUCAGGUAUCCCAGGGGCGGGGAAAAGGGUUGCGGCCUGCAGGGUUCACCCCUCAAGGCAGUGACCGAGCGGUCCAUCUGGUCUUUUCAAGGCCAGGCUUCCUGGACGCCCGGCUGUGUGCUUUGGAGCUAGGUGGUGGGGGAUUCGGGGAGAUCCAGCUGGAUUCCUGUUUGUAUGCUUAAGCUGAUGGUUCACAGUACAAGAGGGAGUCUUCAGGGCUUCCAGGAAGGGCUCCUGCAAAAGGAACUGCAUGGGGUUUUUAGCUCAAAAGGCAGCAGGGUAGGAUCGCUUCUAUUCUGUAGAAAGAGAUUGUUCUGUAAUCUGUGGCAGACGGACGGAGUCUCUGGACUUGGAUUCUGAUAGGUGUUUUUAUUUAAAGGUAUCCCAAAGUGAGUGACAGGAGGAAGUAGGCCCAGUCAGGGGGGCCUCAGAGCCAGGCCAGGGAGAGAGGUCGGAGAGAGCGGGGUGCAGGUUAGACCUGUGACACAGCCGUCUGUGGUCUCCCAUGGUCACGGCCAUGCUGGGAUAUAAUUUCUAUCCCAGAAGGGUACUCUAGUGAUCCCCUUGAAAUGCAAUUAGAACAAAAUUUUUGGAUCAAAGGGAUUGAAGAUGGUUAGGAGUCCCGAAGUAAACUGAUCAAUUCUUCCAAUUACAUAUUGAGUGAAAACACUCAGCUUACAACCAGGCCAUGUGUCUAUGACCUCC